GGCAAGCCGACCUAUCCUGUAGGAAGGAGCCAAGAACGGCUGCAGAUUUGUAGCCAUGGGCCAAGACCAAAGCUUGGGCCGCGGAGUUGAAUCUUGGGCGCACGGUGGCUAUCGCCAGUGCUGCAAGUGUGGUGUGGAGAUGGACGCCGCUGAUUGUCGGGCCAGCGCGCUCUUUGGAGGCGGUGAAAACCAUUGCUAUGUUCUUUGGAACACAGCUUCAGACCACGUCACUUACAACAUGAGUGCAGGCAUAAGCGCAGAAAAAGGAAUUCAGGCUGGUGAAUCCGUGUCCAUAACACCGGGGGCUAAGCUGGUCAAAAUGAUCAUCAAGGGAGAGUGUGCAACCGCUGAUGGGAGACAAUCGGAUCCAUAUUGUGUUGAGUGCUUCCACAAGGAUGAUCCAAACAACGAGAAGAUGCUGGCAUCAGUGUUGGCGCACACCAAAGGACAUGCGUAUGUGAUUAACAUGAAGUACUCUCUGGUUGUGCCUCAUUACGGCGACAUGAACUGAGAAGCCCUGGCCGGAGCAUAGGUCUUAGCUGCCGCAGGCAUCAAGUUGACGUUCUCUUUAAGUGAACUUGCUACGUGCUGCCUGACGAGAAAACUGAAGUUUCACAAUGAAGCAACUUCAGGCGUUGGAAAACAGCAGGGGGACUGCAAC